GGUGAGCAACAUAACAGAAAUAACAUUGCAAAUACUUCUAGAAAACUAAGUAUUUCAAAUAUACUCCUUGUUCAAUUGAUGUUUUGACUGAAUUACAGAGAGAGAAUAUACAGGUAUAUUGUAAAAAAGAGGCAUCAUAAGAACAUUAGAGUGUGCAUCAUCAAUUUGACUAACAAGAGAAAAUAAACAGAUGUUGGACUAUUGAGACAAUGAUAACGAUAUAGACCGGUAUGACAAAUGAUAACAAAGAACAAUAGGCAGUGUGUUACCUUAUAUAUAGUAUGUUCCGUUCUGCUCUGUUCAUUUCAUUCUUCAUUCAAUCAGUUGCACAACUCAACAUGCCACGAAUAUACAAGCGCAAAACUGAAGAUAAGUAUACUCCAGAAGAUUUAGACAAAGCUGUGUUAGAGGUUAGAGAGAAAAAAUUAUCAGUGAAAGAUGCUGCUGCACACUAUCACAUACCUAUUCGGACAAUCUUUCACAAACUUUCAGGAAAUAGAAGCGGUGUUGGCCGCGGCACUAAAACUCUACUCACUAAGGAAGAAGAAUCAUAUUUAGUUCACACAAUUCUUUUCUUUCAGAAAUGGCAGCGACCUUUAUCACCAUCAAUCAUUAUUGGCUUAGCUAAAUCUUAUAUGAUUCAAUUAAAUAAAAAUAUAUCAAAGAAUUUUACACUUCGUGACUGGUUUUAUGGCUUUAUGCAACGGUGGUCCAACGAAAUCAAAUUAGCUAAAACCGUGAAACUUGAAAAAUCUCGUUCCGUCGCUUGUCGUAAAGAAAUUAUUGAUGCGUGGUUUAAACAUUUACGUGAGGUACUUGAAAAGUUCCAGUUACUUGAUCGACCAGAAGCACUGUGGAAUGCUGAUGAAAGCGGCUUUUUUGAAGAUCCAGGCAGACGAUCGGUGGUGGUGAAACGGGGUACUAAACACGCAAUAUCAUCUCAAUCUGGAACAGGAAAAUCGAUGACAACAGUACUUAUGUGUGUGUCUGCGAAUGGAGAAAAACUGCCACCAUAUAUAGUCUAUCGCGGCAUCAAGUUAUGGUCGUCAUGGAUUACUAAAAAUGGAUUUUCCGGAACACGUUAUAAUGUUACUCAAUCCGGAUGGGUCGAAGAAGAAACAUUGUAUGAUUGGUUCGUUAAUCAAUUUUGUCCUGCAGUGGAACAUAUUAAACGACCUGUCAUGUUAUUUUUUGAUGGUCAUCAUGCUCAUAUUAGUGCGCGAAUAGUGAAACAUGCAAUGGUUAAUAAAAUCGAAUUAGAAUGCUUGCCUCCACACACGACGACUCUAUUACAACCACUGGACGUUGUUACAUUAAACAAAGUAAAAACGGCAUGGCGAAACAUCCUUGUGGAUCACAAUAUGAAAACUAAUAGCGCACCCAUAGGAAAACAAGAAUUUUCUCUAAUGAUUUCUGACCUUUGGCAAAAUCAUAUACUAAAAGGUCAUUGUAGCAAUGGUUUCACAAGAUCAGGUAUUUACCCAUAUGAUCCUCGUGCAGUAUCAAAGGAAAAAUUACUUGGAUCAUCUUUAUGGAACAAUGAAAAUGAUGUUAUUGAUGAAUCACUAGCUGCAGAUGACUCUUGCAUCGAAGAGAAUUCAUUCUCAUCUAAUGAUUUACUAAGUAGAAACGUGGCUCUUACUACAACUUAUACGCAAACAGAUCUUGAUCAAAAUAUUACAGUCGUAAGUCCUCUUCAAAUGAACACGACAAAUCAAUGCUUAAUUGUAGAUGGUACAAUAACAAGUUCCAAUGAUGUUACACUUGCUGAUUGUACAGAUUCCGAAUCCAGUCCUCGGAUAUUUACUGAUUUAACAGAUCAACGAAUUACAUCGAUUAACACUUCUUUUUCCACUUCACAAACACCUGCUGACGUACUGGCAAAUGUUAUUAAUCAAUACAUGACAUCAGCUACACAAAUGCCAUCAAGCAAUCAACGAAGACAAAUGAUCGAUCGAAAUAAAGGACAAAAUCUAACUUCUGUGGAAGUUCUUAAACAACUGGAAGAGAAAGAAAAAAAUAAAAAACGAAAACUUCGUGUUCCAACAAAAAACACUUCAACAGACUGUGCUCCAAAGAAGCGUGGUCGACCAACGAAAAUCACACAGCAACAAAUGCUUCAUAAUAUUGAUCAACUUUCAGCAAUCGGUCAAUGGGACAAUCCAGAUCUCCAAUCUGAAUCGACACAUUUUAAUCAAAAUUUAACUCUCAAUCAAUAUGAAAAUAGUUAUUCACACAUGCCAUCGGAUCAAUCACAUUAUGCUUCGACUUAUCUUACACAACAACCAGCACAAAUGAAGCCAACUUGUUAUCGCUGCAAUAUUCUUCUCUAUGGAAACUUUACUAACUGUAUAACUUGUGGUCGACCUUGUUGUCAAGUAUGCGUACAAACACAUUUCUUCUCUCAUCCUGUUACUUGUGAAUAUUGUAUCAUGCAAAAAGCUCUUACUGUAACUAAGAAUUUUUAA